AACAACCCAUCGCGCGUCCUCCUCUUCUCGAAUAAUCUAGGUGUCAAAAUCUUGGUGCUUCCUCGUCCUUGCUCAACAAUCAAGGGCUCUCAAUUUCUAUCCCUUGAGGAAAUUGUGUACAAAUUACAGCUUUCAACCUUAUCUAAGGAAUUCAAAUUUCGAAUCGGACAAUUCCUCCAAUUCUUAUCCCGGAAAGCUGCUCUAAGAAAGGAUUCUUUGCGAUUUUCUGAAUCAGUUUAAAGCUUUGAUUCUCCUGUUGAAACUGAAGUGAAGGUUUAUUUCCCACUGAAGGGUUCGUGGAAGAAGAUCAAUUUUUUUUUCAAUGGAUCCCAAAUAUGCAGGAGAAACCUUCAAGCAUCUGGAGAAAGAAAGUGAACUACUCUCAAAUGCCCAUAAAGCAAUGUCGGAUGAAUUGCACAGGCUUCAGGUUGAGGAAGAAAUGCUGAUGCGCAAGUUACAUGAACUUAUUUUAGCUCAUACUCUAACUAAAAAGAAGGGCUUAAAUGAUAAUGCUGAGGAAAGGCAGAAUGACCGGGAAGGAGCAUGGGUCGACAUGACUAAUGGUGCUGAUGAAAGGCAGAAUGACCAGGAAGGAGCACUGGUCGACAUGACUAAUGGUGCUGAUGGAAGGCAGAAUGACCUGGAAGGAGCUGUCAUUGACAUGACGAAGGUGAUCACUAAUGUAUAAGUGAGAUAGAUAUCUGAUCCCUAGGCUAUCUGUACAGAAAUCCAUUGUUAGCCUUACACUUGCAGUAUGCUAUUUUUGGUCUCACAUUGCCGAUGCUUU